GGCAUAGUCCGUUGCGAACAGGCCACCGAAAUAGAAGUACCGCAAAGCAAGCAAAGCAAAAAGAAUCCUUCAAAUAUGCAGCUCAUCAGCCUGCUCCUGCUUGGUGCACUCGGCUAUUCUGUGGCCGCUUCCCGUAGCUAUUACUACGGCUCCAAUUACCCGCAGCGUCGCGCACCGCCUGCCGUCUACAACUACAACUCACAGAGCAGUCGCUAUAGUCGACAGAGCAGCAGCGAAUCAGACAAGGAGAAUCCCAAGUUUGCUGGUGCUGCGAAUCAGGAGCUUGACGAACUGAGCUCCGAUGCGGGCGACAACCGAUCGCUGCUGCUCAAGAAGAAGCUAAAGAAACUGUAUCGGCCUUAUGCGGCGGCUGCUGCUGCUGCUUCGUAUGGCUAUGGAAGACCUUGCACACCUUUCGGACGCGACGCCGGUGGCCAACAAGAUCCGCCUGAACAGGGACGUUUUCUGUUCGACGUGAAUGUGUACAAUGUUUAUUCAGGCGCUGGCGGUUGUCGUGGAUAUGGUGGAUUUGGUGGAUUGGGUGGCGGUGGUCUGGGUGGAUUAGCCGGAUUGGGAGGGCUAGGUGGCGGCUUGCUAUCGGAUCCCAUAUCUCCAGUUGCUCCACUGCCGGUGCCAGUGCCAGUGCGUCCCUAUGCACCUUUUGCCACCUGGCUGUCGCUUUUUGCGCCCGGCAUUUUGCAAAACAGCCUGGCCGCUACAGUGCCCGCUGCGCCGUACGCUGAUCCACUUCCAGUGCGUCCCGCGUCUGCUGGCGGCGACUUGCAAAGCGACCCGGCCGUGGACCCCAACUUUAAUCCCGUUCCAGUGCGUCGCCCAGUGCCCAAUCGCGUGUACUAUGACUCUGCAGGCGCGCCGCCUGUCACGCCGGGACAGCUUCUGGGUGGUGUCUCGACGACGGUCAAUGGAAUAAUUCAGCAGCUAACCGGUCAAGUGCAGCCGGUCUACCAAACAGGCGCAUAUCGUGCCAGGAAUAAUCGCAGCAGCUAUGGCUAAGCCGCAAUGCGGGAUUCAUAACGAAAUCGAUUAGUAUUUAAAUGUGAUUAUA